ACCACCUCUGGCCGCUGGGAAGACGUCAUCGCUUCCGCCCUACUUCCUCCUCCUGUUGGCGGCGGUGAGAAUCCAAUAUGGAGUAAAUCGGUGGAGUCGAGAGAUGGGGCUCGGACGGGGCGCCCUGCACCGCCUCCCAGGCGCACCUCCCCCGGCCGCCGACCGCUCCCCGGAACCGUGAUUGGCCCGGCCCCCGGGGGCGACCCCGGACCGAGCCCCCACCCGCGGCUGGCCCUGCUCUACUCCUCCUCUCAGCAGUCCCCGCCGCUCCACGGCGCGCUUGUUUUUCUCCUCCUCUCCCCCACCGCCGUCCCCUGCCCAAAUCUCUCCCCCUCUGCUCGCUGCCGAGCCCCCGGAGCCCUUCCUGCCGAGCCCCGGGCUCUGCGGCGCUCACUCCUCCCGCAGCUUGUCUUUGCACCCCUUCCCGAAACCUCACCCCGCGCUCCUAUCGCCCUGCUUCCCCUUCUGCCUUCUGCGGCGCCCCUUCAUCUCUCGCCGCUCCCCCUCCCCAACCAAAUCAGGCGAUCUCCGGAGAUGUGAAGAAGGGGGGUGAGCGGACAGGAAGAUGAAGGGAGCAAAGCUGCCCGCCGCGGGACAGGCGUCUAGGUGAACAGGAAAAUGACCGAAGAAACACACCCGGACGAGAUUGAAACACAGGAUCCGAAGAUCUUACCAGUUCAGGGAGCUGAGAAGUAUGCCCUGUUCCACCAUGCUGGAUGGCCCUUCAGUUUCUACUUGGACACUUCCGUGAUAAGGACCCCACGUGCACAGUGACUUGGGCAUGCAGCUCUGAUUGUCGGCAGAUUCUUCUGUGGAACCACUGUCUACAGCAGCAACAACCGCUUCUCUUGUUCUGAGCGCCCUGCUGAUACACGAAGGCAGUGCUUGCUCUCUUCUCCUGGCCAAGCAUCAUCCUGGUCUCCUUAUCAGUGUUCAGGUUCAACCAUCUCUCUCAAAAUGGGGGCCCAGGACUGGAGUGACAGCUAUAUUGUGCGUGUCAAGGCUGUGGUUAUGACCAGAGAUGACUCCAGCGGGGGAUGGUUCCCACAGGAAGGAGGCGGGAUCAGUCGCGUGGGGGUCUGUAAGGUCAUGCACCCCGAAGGCAAUGGACGAAGCGGCUUUCUCAUCCAUGGUGAACGACAGAAAGACAAACUGGUGGUAUUGGAAUGCUAUGUAAGAAAGGACUUGGUCUACACCAAAGCCAACCCAACCUUUCAUCAUUGGAAGGUCGACAAUAGGAAGUUUGGACUUACUUUCCAAAGCCCUGCUGAUGCUCGAGCCUUUGACAGGGGAGUGAGGAAAGCAAUCGAGGACCUUAUAGAAGGCUCAACCACAUCAUCUUCCACCAUCCAUAAUGAAGCCGAGCUUGGCGAUGAUGACGUUUUUACAACAGCUACAGACAGUUCUUCUAAUUCCUCCCAGAAGAGGGAACAACCUACUCGGACAAUCUCCUCUCCCACAUCCUGUGAGCACCGGAGGAUUUAUACCCUGGGCCACCUCCACGACUCAUACCCCACGGACCACUAUCACCUCGAACAGCCAAUGCCGAGGCCCUACCGCCAGGUGAGCUUCCCCGACGACGACGAGGAGAUCGUGCGCAUCAACCCGAGGGAGAAGAUCUGGCUGACGGGCUACGAGGACUACCGGCACGCGCCCGUGCGGGGCAAGUCCCCGGACACGUCGGACGACGCUGACUCGUACGUGCGCUUCGCCAAGGGCGACGUCCCCAAGCACGACUACAAUUACCCAUACGUGGACUCCUCGGACUUUGGCCUCGGCGAGGACCCCAAAGGGCGCGGGGGCGGCGUGAUCAAGACCCAGCCGUCCCGGGGCAAGUCCCGGCGGCGGAAGGAGGACGGCGAGCGCUCCCGGUGCGAGUACUGCAGGGACAUGUUCAACCACGAGGAGAACCGGAGGGGCCACUGUCAGGACGCGCCCGACUCCGUGAGAACUUGCAUCCGCCGCGUGAGCUGUAUGUGGUGUGCGGACAGCAUGCUCUAUCACUGUAUGUCGGACCCCGAGGGGGACUACACAGACCCGUGCUCGUGCGAUACUAGCGACGAGAAGUUUUGCCUCCGGUGGAUGGCUCUUAUUGCCUUGUCCUUCCUGGCCCCCUGUAUGUGCUGUUACCUGCCCCUUCGGGCCUGCUACCACUGCGGGGUGAUGUGCAGGUGCUGCGGGGGGAAGCACAAAGCGGCCGUGUGACUCCGUUGCCCUCCUUUGCCUCCUCCACCUCCCCCCACAGCCACAAGGGAACUUGUUGUCUCUGACAUACUCUCACCUUCCUCCCUGCUCCCUGGUACCUUGAGGCGCUAUUCCAGCCUGGGGAGCCCGCCUGGUGGACUCUGCACUUCCCCCCGCCCCCAGCCACCCACUCUGCAUCAGCCACACACCCAGACACACACGCACGCACACAGUGUUCGAAGGAAAGGAACCUCCGCGCAGACACCGUGUAUUAUUAACAAUCUGUAAUCAAUCUAACUGUCUUAUACAUGCGUUGAUUUCAUGUCUUUCCUACCCACCUCUUCUUCAGUGCUUUUAAAGGCGCCUGUAGUCGAAACUGCUGGUUUGGGGUGGGGUUUGUCGUUGGCUUUUUCGAGACCCUCUUUCUCUUGGCUCAGCUUGCGGGUUCCUGCGGAUAGGUAAUGUCAGAAAGAUAGAUAAAACCCCACCAGAAGUAUUUGAACCUGCAGUCAGAUUAUGUCUAGGAGGUGAGCUAGUUAACAAACUUCUACCACAAAACAAGAUCGCUUUUAACUUUUGUAAAACCAAAUUUCCCAAGUAAGCUGCAGUUUCUUUCUGGAGCCCAUCAUCAUUUUCUGUUCCCUCCCCCCAAAAUCUGUCAAUUAUUUACUGAUGCAAAACAUUCACCCAUAAAAUGACUGAGAAUUGAGCCUUAACUUCAGAUUAACUUGUGUGAAUCAGGAAAAUUCCUUAAACCGCAUUGCAUCCUCAUGGACCAGGGCUAGAAAAGGGGGAUUUCAGGUCUCUCUGAUCCUCCCCGGUAACCCCUAAAAUAGAACUUUUUAAAAUUGUGUCACCACCACUUCUAAAAAUUUAGCAAUAUUAGUAGAAAACACUAAGACAUUGUGCUCAUUGUUUUGCAAAUGAAAUAGUCUAGUCACACACACACACACACA